CCUUCAAAUUCACUCAUGGCACUUAAAAUUUCUCCCAUCUUCUCAAGCCUCUUUUUACUUUUCUUACUCCUUUUUGUCUCUUGCCGUGCAAAGAAAACAGUAAGCCCAAAUAACAAAAAACCUCUCCCCUUUGAUUUUCUCAAACAUCUGGAGGGGUGCCACAAGGGCGAGAAAACGAAGGACAUUCACAAGCUGAAAAAAUACCUCGAGAAAUUUGGUUAUCUUGAUUAUCAUCAUUCAAGAAACAAAACCCAUGAAAAUGAUGAUGAUUUUGAUGAUACAUUAGAGUCUGCUGUCAAACUAUAUCAGUACAAUUACCAUAUAAAUGCCACUGGGAUUCUGGAUUCUGAAACGGUGUCCAAAAUGACGAAACCUCGAUGCGGGGUGACCGAUAUUGUCAAUGGAACAAGCAGAAUGCGAGCAGGUGGAAAAAAACAUAGAGGUUCAGGCUCCCUCCAUACGGUGUCGCAUUAUACUUUCCUUCCGGGAAACCCUAGAUGGCCAUCUGAAUCAACACACUUAACUUAUGGGUUUUUACCCUCUACUCCUGCAAGUGCCAUGAGCCCGGUGUCAAGAGCCUUCGAAAAAUGGGCUUCAGCAACACAUUUCACAUUUUCACAAUCUCAGAAUCCAAAUUUAGUCAUCGGUUUCCAUACGGGUGAUCAUGGAGAUGGAUCAAAUUUUGAUGGCCCAGGUGGGAUCCUGGCUCAUGCUUUUCCCCCAACUGACGGGAGGUUUCACUAUGAUGCAGAUGAAUCAUGGUCCGUUGGUCAAGUCCCGGGUGCAUUUGAUCUUGAAACUGUUGCAUUGCAUGAGAUCGGGCACCUUCUUGGACUAGGACAUAGCUCGGUUCAAGAUGCAAUCAUGUUCUCUGGAAUUCCUCCUGAAACGAUCAAGAAUUUACAUGCUGAUGAUAUACAAGGAAUCAAAGCUUUAUAUAAUGUCUAAAGAGAAGCUGCUUCCACAGAGUUAAAUCAAAUUUUAUGAAUAAAAAGAUGUAACGAUUAAUUAAUAAUUGUGUAGACACAAAUAGGAAUUUCUGUUGCGAAGUUGUGAUGAAUAAAUCUUGACAUUUUUUCCCUUUACUCGACACAUUACUGA